AUGGCAUUCGCACCUGUCGACGUUCCGUCAUCCCACAAGCGCGAGGACAAGAAAAGAGUUGCAUACUUUUACGACUCAGAUGUGGGCAACUAUGCCUAUGUGUCCGGCCAUCCCAUGAAGCCUCACAGAAUACGGCUAGCUCACUCCCUGGUAAUGAACUAUGGCCUGUACAAGAAGAUGGAAAUCUACCGCGCAAAGCCCGCCUCCAAGUACGAGAUGACCCAGUUCCACACCGACGAGUACAUCGACUUUCUCGCAAAAGUCACGCCCGACAACAUGGACUCAUACCAAAAAGAGCAGCAAAAAUACAAUGUCGGUGAUGAUUGUCCUGUCUUUGACGGACUCUUCGAGUUCUGCGGAAUCAGCGCAGGUGGUUCCAUGGAGGGCGCUGCUAGAUUAAACCGUCAGAAAGCCGAUAUUGCCAUCAAUUGGGCGGGUGGGCUGCAUCACGCGAAGAAAUCAGAAGCCAGUGGAUUUUGUUAUGUCAACGACAUCGUUCUCGGCAUCAUCGAGCUUCUGAGAUUCCAUAAGAGAGUCCUCUACAUCGACACUGAUGUCCACCACGGUGACGGUGUCGAAGAAGCCUUCUAUACCACUGACAGGGUCAUGACCGUGUCUUUCCACAAAUAUGGAGAAUAUUUCCCCGGCACCGGCGAACUUAGAGACGUCGGCGUGGGCUCGGGCAAAUACUACGCCGUCAAUUUCCCUCUCCGAGAUGGUAUUGACGAUACAUCCUACAAGGGCAUUUUCGAGCCGGUGAUUCGAGCCACCAUGGAUUACUAUCAACCCUCGGCCGUGGUCCUGCAGUGUGGAGGCGAUUCUCUCUCCGGUGAUCGUCUGGGCUGCUUCAAUCUCAGCAUGAGAGGUCAUGCAAACUGUGUUAGAUUUGUCAAGUCCUUCAAUCUUCCUACUCUCAUCCUCGGGGGCGGUGGUUACACCAUGCGUAACGUCGCAAGAACAUGGGCAUACGAGACUGGGGUUCUGGUUGGCGAGUACAUGCAACCAAAUCUUCCGUACAACGACUACUAUGAGUACUACGCCCCCGAUUACGAACUGGAUGUCCGUCCUUCAAACAUGGAAAAUGCAAAUUCGAGAGAAUAUCUCGAGAAAAUCCUUGGUCAAGUGCUGGAAAAUAUGAAGAGGACGGCCCACGCCCCAUCAGUGCAAAUGACGGAUGUACCCAGAGAGUCCCUAGGCAUGAAUGACGAAGACGAAGCUGCCCUCGAUGAUCUUGACGAAGACCAAAACCCGGAUACACGCAUCACUCAGCGCAAGGCAGACAAGUACAUACAGAAGAACGGUGAACUCUCUGACAGCGAAGACGAAGAAAUGGAAGAAGUGAAUGGUCGCCCGUCAGCCGCCCGAAAACGACGUAUCAUGCAGAAUUACCGGCAUAUCAUGGAUGUAGGCGGCAAUGACUCGGGCGUGGAAACGGAAAGUGGGACAGGCACACCGCAGCAAGUGUCUAGCCUACCCGACGAAGCGGCAGAUGAGAUGAAUGUGGAUGAGGAGCUGGACGACAAGGUCGGCCACCAGACACCGAGUCCUUCCAGCGGUGAACAGCGGGUAAACGGCUCUGCUGCCGUUUCAGGUCUCCAAUCGCCCGAUCAUCACGCAUCAGCUGAAACUGCUGAUGGUGACGUGGAGAUGGGGGAUGCAGACAUGCCAGACGGAGAUGCUGCGCCUGCGGAUGAAGCUGAAGCUGCCCGACUCACCGAAGCAGAACCAACCACAAUGGUCCAACAGCAGCGUACUCCUCCGGAUUCACCACCCACGCCGGAAGCCGAAGAGCCCUCGCCCACUCUUCCCAGUGCUGUGGUUCCAGGCACGGCGAUGACCGACGCUGAAGAUUCAAGCACAGUGACCGUUCCGACUAUCGCCGCGGUGUCCACAAAACCCGACGCCACUGGGGCCACCGCCUCGGAAGUGGCUAUCAAGGAAGAAGUCGUGGGUGAUGAUGAAGUCGGAAAGGCGCAGGAAGAAGGGCGCAUGGAGAGGGAAAUGGCGAACGCGGAAGGGGAAGCGCAGACAGAAGCGGCGGCGAAGGUUGAGUCAGACGAGGCAGCCGAGGGCCAACAUCAAGGGGUCGAGACUACUGCGGAGACGGCAGCUGACUCACCACAAGGAUCAUAG